GACGUUCGCGCCGCCGCCCCGCCUCCGCUGCCUUCGCGCCGCGGCCGAGGGAGGCUGGCCGGCCUGGGUCGCUGCCGGGAGUGGGGCCGCUGCCCCAGUUCCGCUGCUCCCCUCGGGCCCGGUCUGCCCACCUUCAGCUGUAUAGCCGCAUGGGCAUCCUGUUGUGCUGUGUAGGGAAUCCUCUGCUGGUUAAUAGACGUCCCUUUAGUUGUCACUUAGAGGGGAGAGACCAAGGGAACGACUCGCUCCGCCAUGAUGCUGACGUCACUCCGUGGUCUGUUGCUUUACGCAGUUAAAUCAGACGGAUGGAUGGUUAGAAGGGGCGAGGAAGACGGGCAGCUGAAAUAUGAGAAAACAAGACUUUCUGAAGUUGAAUACUUGCUCAAGGCCACAAACUGGAAAGUGAUAGAAGCAGGACUCAGACCCUGGACCAUCUGGCUUCAAAGCCACAGCCGCUUUCCGCUGCACAGCACUGCGCUUCAUUCAGCACGUGGCUGAGCGGGGACCCCGCCCCUGGCCCUUGGAGCCGACUCCGAGCUGAAUGAAUGAUCCUUCACUCGCCACAGCUGCCUCGCUGGGCUGUUCCUGCCUCAAAACAAAGCUCCCGUGACGGCCUCUGCCUCCUCUUCGCAACCAGCUCCUUCACUUAUGACAGAUUUAGGGCUUUGCUUUCUUUUAAACCUUGGCACUUCCUUUUCUUUAUUGAUUUAAGAAAUUAUUUUAAAAAAAUCAACUCUAGCACAUUAUUUAAAAAUUCAAACAAAACUGAAGCUUAAAAAUAGAAGUGAAUGUCUCUCUACUACAUCUGCUGGCUCCAACCCUACUCUCCUAAUGAGCACCUGAGUUGGAGAAAGGGGUGGAAGGCAGGACCCUUCUAGAAAGACCCUGAGGUCACCAAGAGGGAGGAGCACGUGAGCUACAGGGAGGAGAGCGUGCUGGCCGCCGAUAAGCUCACAAGCAACUGGCCUGACCUGCCAGGGUGUGCACACACUCCCCGGGCUGUGAAGUCACUCAAGUAUAAUCCUUCUCCCCCCGACUGGACCUCUGGCAGCAACUGCACAAAGGGUCUGAGAGGAUGAAGAAGUGAAGGGAGACGGUGUUCCAUCAUUGGAAGACAUCCUUCAGAUGCUAAAGGGAGGCCCAGAAGCGGCACAAGCGUUAGACAAUCUUCUCAAAAGGACCGAGGAAACUUCUUGGGACCAGCUGCUUGGGUUUCUCCUUCUUAGCCCACAAACAAUCUUUGGAGCCCAUUCCCUAAUUUAUUAAGUGGGAUGGAUAGCAGGGUCUCAGGCACAACCAGUAAUGGAGAGACAAAACCAGUGUACCCAGUUGUGGAAAAGGCGGAGGAUGGCAACCUGGAACGGGGGCAGUGGAACAACAAGAUGGAGUUUGUGCUGUCAGUGGCCGGGGAGAUCAUUGGCCUAGGCAACGUCUGGAGGUUUCCCUAUCUCUGCUACAAAAAUGGGGGAGGUAAUCAAGUGUUUCCCUCAGUGCCUGAAUUAUGGAUGUGUGGACUACAUGCCAGAGGUUUGGAAGGUGCCUUUUUCAUCCCCUACCUCAUCUUCCUCUUUACCUGUGGCAUUCCUGUCUUCCUCUUGGAGACAGCACUGGGCCAGUAUACUAGCCAGGGAAGCAUCACAGCCUGGAGAAAGAUCUGCCCCAUCUUUGAGGGCAUCGGCUACUCCUCCCAGGUGAUCGUCGUCCUCCUCAACACCUACUACAUCGUCGUUCUGGCCUGGGCCCUCUUCUACCUCUUCAACAGCUUUGCCGUGGACCUGCCCUGGGGAAGCUGCCGCCACGAGUGGAACACGGAACACUGUGUGGAGUUCAAGAAGACCAAUGGCUCCCUGAAUGUGACCUUUGAGAAUUCCACCUCUCCUGUCAUCGAGUUCUGGGAGAGGCGGGUCCUGAGGAUCUCUGAUGGCAUCCACCACCUGGGGUCCCUGAACUGGGAGCUGGCCUUGUGCCUCCUGCUUGCCUGGGUCAUCUGCUACUUCUGCGUCUGGAAGGGGGUCAAGUCCGCGGGCAAGGUGGUGUACUUCACAGCCACAUUCCCUUACCUCAUGCUGAUGGUCCUGUUAAUUCGAGGGGUGACACUGCCUGGGGCAGCCCAAGGGAUUCGGUUUUACCUGUACCCAGACCCCACACGUCUGGUGGAUCCCCAGGUGUGGAUGGACGCGGGCACCCAGAUCUUCUUCUCCUUCGCCAUCUGUCUAGGGUGCCUGACAGCCCUGGGCAGCUACAACAAGUACCACAACAACUGCUACAGGGACUGCAUAGCCCUCUGCUUCCUCAACAGUGGCACCAGCUUUGUGGCUGGGUUUGCCAUCUUCUCCAUCCUGGGCUUCAUGUCUCAGGAGCAGGGGCUGCCGAUCUCUGAGGUGGCUGAGUCGGGCCCUGGCCUGGCUUUCAUCGCUUACCCUCGGGCUGUGGUGAUGCUGCCCUUCUCUCCUUUGUGGGCCUUCUGCUUCUUCUUCAUGAUUGUCCUCCUGGGACUGGAUAGCCAGUUUGUGUGCGUAGAAAGCCUGGUGACGGCGCUGGUGGACCUGAACCCCGAGAUGUUCCGCAAGAAGAACCGGAGGGAGUUCCUCAUCCUUGGAGUGUCUGUCUUCUCCUUCCUUGUUGGGCUGGUCAUGCUCACAGAGGGCGGUAUGUACGUGUUUCAGGUCUUUGACUACUAUGCAGCCAGCGGCAUGUCCCUCCUGUUCGUGGCCAUCUUUGAGUCCAUCUGUGUGGCUUGGGUCUAUGGAGCUGGGCGCUUCUAUGACAACCUUGAAGACAUGAUUGGGUACAGGCCAUGGCCUCUAAUCAAAUAUUGUUGGGUCUUCCUCACACCAGCUGUGUGCACAAAGGAUAAACUGAGGUCCAGAGCUGUCAGACAGUUUGACCAGCAUCACAAUGCCACCUUCCUCUUCUCCUUGAUCAAGUACACCCCACUGACCUACAACAAGAAGUACACCUACCCGUGGUGGGGCCAUGCCCUGGGCUGGCUCCUGGCUCUGUCCUCCAUGGUCUGCAUUCCCACCUGGAUCGUCUACAAGCUCAGCACCUCCAAGGGCCCCUUGAGAGAGAGAAUUCGCCAGCUUGUGUGCCCAGCUCAAGACGUGCCCAAACAGAACCGAGCAGAACCCUCUUCCCCUACCACGCCCAGGACAUCACGGUUCAGACUCACAGAGCUAGAGUCUCACUGCUAGGGGGCAGGCCCUGCGAUGGCACCUGUGAGCCUGGCUGUGGGGACAGCUGCGGAGGGAGAGGGAGGAACCAGCCCCGCUGUGCUUCUCUGCCCCUAUGUGGUGUAGAUAAGACAAAAGGGGGUAUUUUGGAAUCCACCUUGUGAGCUGGGGCCUCCAACCCCAACUUUCCUGCGCCAGGGCUGGCUGAACAGCUGUGAAAUGCCAGUAUCAAGAGCUUCCCAUUUGAGAUGGGCCUUGGGGAGCUGGGUGAGGAUGGGGGGAAAGCUCUGUUCGGCUUCUGGGCCCUCUUACCCUUCAUUCCAUUAAACCCAAGUUCUUCCGACUGA